GCUAACCAGCUGUGGAGCCCGAGCUAGCUUCGCCGGGUUCGUGCUGACAGCUUCUCACCUUACGUUGUCAACAGUAAACUUUAACUGUUAUUUUGUUACCUGCUACGGAGCUUAAUGACAGUGGCCGUACUGUCUAUGUGUUGCUUUUUUGUCAAAAUAUAAAGCUGCUGAGGCUCUAAAAAUGAGAGAAAGAUUGUGCAAAGCCUGACCCAGCUCUUGUGAAGUGAUGGAGAAGCCCUGGAGGCUGUGGGGGGCAGUGGAGCGUUGUACCCUGACUCUGGCCUCAUGGUCCUGGGGUGCUUGUCGAGUCUCCCUUCUGGCUCUAAUCCUCACCUUCCAUCUGUACGGGGGAUUCUUUCUCCUAGCUCUGAUUCUAGCCUCUGUGGCAGGCAUCCUCUACAAAUUCCAGGAUGUGCUCCUCUACUUCCCUGACCAGCCCUCCUCCUCUCGCCUUUAUGUUCCCAUGCCAACAGGAAUCCCACAUGAGAAUGUGUACAUCCGCACCAAGGACGGUGUGAAGCUCAACCUCAUUCUGCUUCGCUACACAGGGGGGGACCCUCCUCCUGGAGUCACCCCUGGCAGUCAAAGCAGCCCCACUUCCUCUUCUCCACCCACCAUCCUUUAUUUUCACGGUAAUGCGGGUAAUAUUGGUCACAGGGUGCCAAAUGCCCUGCUGAUGCUGGUGAAUCUGAAAGCCAAUGUAGUGCUAGUGGACUACCGAGGUUAUGGAAAGAGCGAGGGGGAGCCUAGUGAGGAUGGGCUGUACCUAGAUGCGGAGGCCACACUGGACUAUGUCAUGACCCGUCCUGAUGUAGACAAGACAAAAGUGGUACUGUUUGGACGCUCACUGGGAGGAGCUGUGGCUGUACGCUUGGCGUCAGUCAACCCUCACCGUGUGGCCGCCAUUAUUGUUGAAAACACCUUCCUCAGCAUCCCUCACAUGGCAGCCACACUUUUCUCCUUCUUGCCCAUGCGCCUGCUGCCACUGUGGUGUUACAGAAAUCAGUUUCUUUCCUACCGACAGAUAGCGCUGUGCCGCAUGCCCUCCCUGUUUGUGUCUGGCCUGUCGGACCAGCUCAUCCCUCCAGUCAUGAUGAAACAACUGUAUGAGCUGUCUCCUGCGCGGACUAAGCGCCUGGCUAUCUUUCCAGAGGGCACGCACAACGACACCUGGCAGUGUCAGGGCUACUUCGCUGCGUUGGAGCAGUUCAUGAAAGACCUGCUGAAGAGCCACGCCCAUGAGGAGAGUGCUCAGCCCACAGCAAGUGUCACUAUUAUUUGAAAAAUACAGUCAGGGACUGACAAACGCAGGUCAUGGGGUGAGGAGGCUGUUGUAGAAAUUUAACAAAUGAACUUUUUUUUUUUUUUUUUUUUUUUUUUUUGAAAGAAUGUACAUUUUUAUGCUUUUUGUCUGGGUUUCUUAGUUUAUUUCACUCUUUUUACCUUUCUGUAAAUGUAAUAUAUUGUAAUAAUUUUGACUAUUUCAACAUUUAUAGAGAGGGUAAUAAUGCCCUCAUGGGUUCUUUUGUGUUGCAGCUAUGAAUGCAUGUAUUUAUGACAUUUUAUGAAUGAAGCCAGAGCAUACAUGCCCACACUGCAAAACAUGGCACAACCGCAAAAGAAUGAGCUCUUCUGGUUUACUGAAACAAAAUAAAAUCACUGAAACUAUAGCUCAAAGAACAAUGAGAACAUGAGAACCUUUUAUAAUAUUGUGAAGUCUAACAACUACUUGAAGAAGAAUUACAACUCUUCUAAGACAAAAAGAUACACUGAUAAUAUGUAGGUCACUACUAAAUAUUUAAUAAUAGUUUUAAUACAUGGCCCUUUUUGGGGGGGAUAAACUCAAGUGGGCAGUUUCUUCUGAAAAAUGCUUUGAAAGACAAAUAUUGUUUUAUUUAGUAAGGAAUACUUGCAGCAGCUUGGCAUGUAAUAAAAUUGUACUUAAUAUUACUUAUAUUACCUAAUUGUUUUAUGGUACAAGAAGGAAACUUGGGCUGUAUGUUUGAUAUAUUAGCUGCUGGAAGUGUUGGCUCUAAUGAAGUGGCCAGUAAAGAUAACAGUGUGGUGUUUGGUACUUCUGCUUAACAAAAAUAAGUUCUUGAGGUCAUAUUUCCUCUCAAACUGAGUCUGGUUCAAUGCAGUUUUGACAAGCUGCCAGAUAUUUCUGCCCUUAACUUUUAUUUCUGUUCAGAUACAGCCGGCACACAUUUCUUACUCUUGUACUGAGCUCUGUUGGCUCCUGCAGAAACAUUUGAUCUUUAUGUGGUUUGUAAUUAAAGGAUGGUGUAACAUUAUCUAAAGUCUGUCUGAGUACAAUACUAUAACAUGUCCCAUAUAUACACUGAAAUUGUUAUUGUUUUCUAUAACCCUGCUGUCUGUACUAACUUCUCAAUGUGGCUCUACAAGAACAGAUUUGAGACAAAUACUUAGUUUUCUUUUUAAAAGACAAUAUUGAAUUUGAGCAGAAACUAAAAUGAAGCUUUAGAAGUCAGAGCAUGUUUAGAACAUGCCCUACACGGCCUACUUUUGUAAUAUUUAAGAAUACUAGCGUAGCGCUCCAUCUCUGGACAUUUUCAAAAAACGUCUCAAGCACCACCUGUUCACCACAGCCCACAGACUUCAUUAAACCACCCCUUACACUCAUCCUACCCCUCACAUAAUUUGUCUAUGUGUUCUGUAAAACGUCCUUGGGUUUCUUGAAAGGCGCUAUAUAAAUUCAAGAUAUUAUUAUUAAUAAUACUACUACAUUAAGUAUUUGAGUGCAUUUCGAAAUAAUAGUACGCAGACAUGAGCCUGCUGAAAAUUCUUUGAAUGUAUGCUGCAUUGACAAUGAUGUUUUUUUUAUUAUAACAAGAUUACUUGAUCACUGAGCCACAAUGCAUUUUGGCUCUUCAGACUAUCUUAGAGCAGAGCUCACCAGCCAGUCAGCCACAUACAAUUAGAAGUAACCAAAGUGUAACUAUAUUAACUGAACGUACAGUAUGUACAAUGCUAUCAAACUCUAUUUAUGGUCUGAUUUAUGUUUUAGCCAGGGGCCAACUUAUUCAGCAUUGCUGGAACUUGAAAUGAGCAGUUUAGUACUUUGGAGUUAGAGGAAGUGCAUCAGUAUUAGGGGUGGGAAUCACUAGUGGCCCCAGGAUACGAUAUUAUCACGAUACUUGGGUAACAAUUCGAUAGUAUUGCGAUUUUAAACAUUUUGCGAUACAGUGAGUAUUGCGAUACUAUAUA